AUGUCGCUUUCAGAUAAUAUUAGCAAAGAGAAGGAAGUCGUCAACCUCGGAUUCGAAGAGGAGUUCGUGGAUUCCGAGCGCGUGUGUAGUCAUGGUAGUGUCAAGGAAAAGACCGUCAAGAGAGGUUUGAAGCCAAGACACAUCUCGAUGAUUGCGCUUGGUGGUACUAUUGGUACUGGUCUAUUUAUCUCGAUUUCGGCCCCAUUGGCCAACGCUGGGCCUGUUGGUGCGUUAAUCGCAUACAUGUUCAUGGGUACGCUGGCGUACAUGGUGACACAGGCUCUCGGUGAAAUGGCAACUUUCAUCCCCGUGACCUCGUCUUUCAUGGUGUUCACGCAGAGAUUCAUGUCUCCAGCAUUGGGUGCUGCUAACGGUUACAUGUAUUGGUUGUCGUGGUCUAUCACGUUCGCGCUGGAAUUGUCCGUUGUGGGUCAGGUCAUCCAGUUCUGGACCGAUGCAGUACCUCUUGCUGCGUGGAUUGCAAUUUUCUGGGUCAUUCUAACUUGUGCAAACUUGAUUCCUGUGAAAUUCUACGGUGAAAUCGAAUUCUGGAUUGCGUGUAUCAAAGUCAUUGCUAUCGUUGGCUUCAUCAUCUACUGUUUGUGUAUGGUUUGUGGUGCUGGUGUCACUGGCCCGGUCGGGUUCCGUUACUGGAGAAAUCCUGGUCCAUGGGGACCCGGUAUCAUUUCCUCGAACGUCAAUGAGGGUAGAUUUUUAGGUUGGGUCUCUUCUCUGAUCAGUGCUGCAUUCACUUACCAAGGUACUGAAUUGGUUGGUAUCACUGCUGGUGAGGCUGCUAACCCCAGAAAAUCCGUUCCAAAGGCCAUCAACAAAGUGUUUUUCAGAAUUUUGUUCUUCUACAUUCUAUCUCUAUUUUUCAUCGGGUUGCUAGUUCCAUACAAUGACCCAAAGCUUACUUCGAGUGACUCCUAUAUUUCUAGCUCACCUUUCGUCAUCGCCAUCGAGAACUCCGGUACUAAGGUUCUACCACAUAUCUUUAAUGCAGUCAUCUUGACCACUAUCAUCUCGGCUGGUAACUCUGAUGUGUAUGUUUCCUCCCGUGUUCUAUUCUCCAUGGCAAACAACGGUUUGGCCCCCAAAUUUUUGAAAAGAGCCACCGCUUCGGGUAUCCCAUAUGCUGCUGUGUUGGUGACCUCUUUGAUGGGGUUCUUGGCCUACCUAGAUAUCUCUAACGGCGCAAGUGUGGUAUUCACAUGGUUGCUGAACAUUACUGCUGUUGCCGGUUUCUUCGCUUGGCUAUUGAUCUCAAUGGCUCACAUCAGAUUCAUGGCUGCCUUGAAGUACCGUGGAAUUUCUCGUGACGAUCUACCUUUCAAGGCAAAGCUAAUGCCAUGGGGUUCUUACUAUGCUUCUUUUUUCAUUGCUGUCAUCAUUAUAAUCCAGGGGUUCACCGCAUUCUGUCCUUUCAAUGUGAGUAACUUUUUCGCUGCAUACAUUUCGGUUAUUUUGUUUUUCGUUAUUUGGAUCGGUUUCCAAAUAUUCUUCAGAGGUCCAAUUCUAGUCGACAUUAAAGACAUCGAUCUGGAUACGGACAGAACUGAAAUAGACAACAUUAUCUGGGAGGAAGAAGAACCAAAGAACCUCUGGGAGAAGUUCUGGGUUGCAAUUGCCUGA